AUGGAUGGAGUUGGUGGUUUUGUUGAUUGGGUGGUGUCUUACAGGCGAUUAACAGGCUUACAAUGCACUCAGUAUUCGUUUUGCUCAGAACGUGAUCGUGAACAAUGGCUGGAAAGGCGUAUAUGGUAUAAGAAAUUGGUUGCACUCAAGAACCAAGGCGUCGAAAAAUUCUCAAACUAUUCUGUGUCAACAGUCCGAUGGCGUAAUUAUUUCUGCUAUGAAUAUCAAAGUGUACCAUUUCUGAUGGACAAUGACAGUAUUAACUGGCAAAUAUCAUGUUUAUGGAAUGGUAAUGAUAUGAAUGGUACUUGUGCUCCUGCACCGCCUAGCAAUAAGCCAGUUGCCUACAUUAUACCUCAGCAAUGGCAACGGUUGUUACGUGUCAGUUAUGAUUUCGUUCUUGCUCAGCCAAUAAACCUACUAGUCCCAGACUUGUUUCUGAUUUUUCAGAAAUUUCGAGAAAGCAUAGGAUGUAAUUUGAGAGCAAUAAGUGAAGCUGAUAAGGCUCAAGAACUGUACAUAUGUACAGAACGUUGUGUACAGGGUGGAAUUGGAUACAUGCCGGUUUUGCUCAUCUCUGCUACACUCAUGGUAUCCAUUACUUUAAUUUGCUUCAGAGGAAGAAAGAAAGCACCUCCAGAUUUAUUUGUUGAUGAACUGAUAGUGAUUCAGAAGUUAGAGGAAAAAAUCAUUCAUAGUACACAGGGCAAAAGCAUAAGAAACACAAACUAUGACAUCUUAUGCACCGAUUCACUGACAUGCAACGAACAUCAUCGAAUUUGGUGGCUUCAGAUGCGCAGUCAUGUUAACAAUAUUAUAUACUCUACUCAGAAUAAUUUAAAUUAUUACGAAAAACCAUUUGAGAAAAAUUAUGUGGAGAGGUACUCGUUGAAUAUGCGCUACAUACUAUGCACAGAAAGUCAAAGUAUGGGUUUUAUGACGGAUUUACGAAGUGAUUACUGGCCAAUACGAUGUUUAUGGACAGGUAGUGAUGUAAAUGGUACGUGUGCUCCAGCACCACCAAGUAAUAAAUCUGUUUUUUAUAUUUCUCCUGAAGAAUGGCGACAAAAAAUUAUACUGGACGAACUAUAUGUGUGCAAAGAACGGUGUAUUCAGGCAGGAAUCGGAUAUUUGCCAUCAAUGUUUAUAAUGGCAACAUUACUUGUUUCGUUUACACUGUUGCUAAUGACCUGA